AUGUCAUCACUUUCACCAAAUCCCCCUAAAGACAGAAGGAGAAGAUCCUCGUCGAUUAUUGGCCACUUAGAGCCCGAGACUAUUGAAGAACGGUCAGAUCAGUCGUCUUCCCCUAAUUUAAACGCCUCGUGGGUCAAUAAUAAAGGCGCCUGGGUAGUCCACGUAGUGAUUAUUGCCCUAUUAUUGAUCUUCUACGAUUUAAUACCUGGAGUGACUUCGGAAUUAUCGUGGACUCUGACAAAUAUCACCUAUGUCACUGGAUCUUAUGUCAUGUUCCACUAUGUGACGGGAGUUCCUUUUGAGUUCAAUGCUGGUGCUUACGAUUCUCUGACCAUGUGGGAGCAAAUCGACGACGGCGACCAAUACACACCUGCCAAGAAGUUCUUGCUCGGAGUGCCAAUUGGCCUGUUCUUGAUCUCUACACACUAUACACACUACGACAUCACUAUGUUCAUUGUCAACUGCGUAUUCUGCUUGAUCUCGGUCAUUCCCAAGCUGCCAUCAAGCCACCGACUCCGAAUCACAGUGCCCGGAAUGUCGGAGACCUGA